AGGGAGAGAGAGAGAGAGAGAGGAGAGAGAGAGAGAGAGGCGACAUGUGGAGGUCGCAUGCGAGCGAUGCGUGGAAAGCGUGAGAACGCGAUGGCGCGAUCGUGUUGGAAGCUUUGGUCAUGGCGGAUCGAGCCCCCUCUCCUUCAAAAACCCUAACCCUGACCCCGACCUCGCACCCCGAUUUCCCCGAUCUCGACGACUCUGGCUCCCGAUCGACACGGGACUUCGUAUUCCCCGAGGGGGGUUUGGAGAUGGCGGAGGCGCCGAAGCUGCUGUACAUUGUGGUGGUGGACGAUGCGGAGGAGAAGGGAGGAGGAGAUGGGAGCGAGGGCGCGUCGUUCCGGUACACGCGAUCUGUGCUGCAGAGCACGCUGCAGCUCAUGGGAUGCAAGGCUCGCCACGCUUUCAAGAUUAGCAGAAGGGUGUUUGACGUGAUGAGAAACGAAUACCCGGACACUGGCUUGCCUUCUUAUGCAUCAAAAUCAGAUCCAUUGAGCACUUCAUGCGGCAAAGAGAACUAUUCUCUUCAUACUGGUGAUAACUUAUGCUAUGGAGAAUCCACUGAGCACUUAUCUCAAGGGAAGACAGAAAUUAAUAAUACAAUACCGUUUGAAUGGUACAAAAGACAAACUACGGUUGUUGUUAAAAGGGAGGACUUUCUGAAUGUUGUUUGUGAUGCCCUAUCUUCAUAUAAUUAUGUUGCUCCCAAUCAAAGGGCUGACUUGCUUGUAGCAUGCAGAAUUCGAGAAAGAAAAGAAUCGGUGACUGUUCUUUUGUGUGGCACGAGUGGAUGUGGCAAGUCUACUCUAUCUGCUCUACUGGGAAGCAGACUGGGCGUUACAACUGUAAUUUCCACUGAUUCAAUACGACACAUGAUGAGGAGCUUCGCAGAUGAAAAACAAAACCCACUGCUUUGGGCUUCGACAUAUCAUGCAGGGGAAUUUCUAGAUCCAGUAGCAGUUGCUCAAGCAAAGGCCAAGCGCAAAGCCAAGAAACUUGCCGUUGUUUCCCAUGCAAGUUGCAAAGAAGAGAGAGAUGGGGCUUCAAAUGAGAAGUCUGACCCUAAAUCUUUGGAUUUUGUUAGUGCCACUGAGUUGAUUGGGAAAAAGCAAAUGGCUGUUGAAGGAUAUAAAGCACAGAGUGAAAUGGUCAUCGACAGCCUUGAUAGAUUAAUCACCGCAUGGGAAGAUCGAAAAGAAUCUGUAGUUGUUGAGGGUGUCCAUUUAAGCCUCAAUUUCGUGAUGGGGCUAAUGAAGAAACACCCAUCGAUAAUACCCUUCAUGAUCUACAUAUCAAACGAGGAGAAACACAUGGAACGCUUUGCAGUUCGUGCAAAAUACAUGACACUUGAUCCAGCAAAAAACAAGUAUGUCAAGUACUUCCGCAACAUUAGAACUAUCCAAGAAUAUCUCCGCAACCGCGCUGAUAAGCAUCUGGUGCCAAAAAUAAACAACACAAAUGUCGACCGCAGUGUGGCGUCCAUUCAUGCAACAGUCUUUAGCUGCCUUCGAAGGCGAGAGGCUGGAGAGCAGCUUUAUGAUCCUGUUACAAAAACAGUAGCAGUAGUAGACGAAGAGUACAGAAGUCAGUGUGCUGCUAAUUCUUUGAGUUCGAAGGGGAUGUUUCAGUUGAUUCAGAGGAAGGGGUCAUCGAGGCAUCUGAUGGCUUUACUAAAUACAGAUGGGUCUGUAGCGAAGGCUUGGCCUGUUGAAUCUGUUGAUAAUCUUGGAAAGUCCAGUUAUGGAAAUGGCGGUGAGAAGUGUGUGGGGAAUCCCAUGUACGGCCCUCUUCAGAUUGGAAAGGCCGAGCCGGUCAAUCUUCAAUUUGGUUGUUUUGGGAUCAGUGCGUGGCCUAGUGAUACGGGUGGUACAAGUCAUACUGGAAGUAUUGAUGAUUCGAAAGCUGAUGGUACUGAUACUGGUAGCAGAUAUUUCUCCUCCUGUUGCAGCUCUCCAAAGAUGUCUGAUGGACCUGCCAAAGAGCCUAAGGAAGAGUUAUCGGUGUCUGGUAGUGAAGAAGAGGCUGAUGAUCUGCCUGAUGCUGAUAGUGAUGACGAUCUAAGUGAUGUUGAGGGCAAGGAGAUCCAUGAGAUGGAAGGCUCUGUUGAUGAAGACUCGACCAAGUCUGAUGAGGAGUACGAAGACCUGGCCAUGCGAGAUGACAUAGCAAAUGGCUACUCGUCCGACGAUGACGAGGAACUGACCAGUUUUAAAAACCCACCACCGGACGUAGACAAGAUCUCAACAACAAUUGGAGAGGAGGACGACAACUUUACCGAAAAGUACCAACACAAUCUAGAUCUCUUCUUAAAGCUGCGCGAAGGUGAUGUGAAGCAACCACAUGGUAGUGAGAGAAGCAGCAACCUGAAAAUGCGGAAGAGAUCGAUGAGCGACUCUAUGCGGCUCCAGAGCCGGGGGGUGCAAAGCUUCCCAACUCUCGGCGAGUCCUUGUCCUUGUACAGUAACUGACUUGCUGCAGAAACCCUGCCCCCUCGGUGGGGAUUUUUGUGAGCUGCAGAACCAAACCGUGGGGUUGGUGAUAUAACGGAGGAAACAUUUUUAUGUUCACUUACUAGGAAUAUGAUUGACAUGGUAGAACCUCAUCUCGUGUAUGUAAAGGAGUGAUGACAAGCCACUACUAAGAUACCUGGCAUAUCUUUUAGAAUAUGGAAGAUUCUCAAAGAAUGUAAUCUGGGUUAGGUUGGAUUUUGUUGUUGGAUGGCGACGAUAGGGUAGUUCGUUUUGCAAUUUUCAAGAGAAUCAUUUGACGUUUUUGGUGACCAAUUUUAAACCAUCUGGGAGGGCUCCACACCCUGACUUUUGUA